GCGAGCGUUGAGGCGGGGAGAUCCGGCGGUGCCGAGCUGAGGUGGCGAAAGAAGAGCUCCCGGAUGUGGAGAAGCUGGGGAGAAGGCGUGGGAGGAAGAUGGAUUCGGUGGAGAAGGGGGCCGCCACCUCCGUCUCCAACCCGCGGGGGCGGCCGUCACGGGGCCGACCGCCGAAGCUGCAGCGCAACUCCCGCGGCAGCCAGGGCAGAGGUGUGGAGAAGCCCCCGCACCUGGCGGCCCUAAUUCUGGCGCGCGGCGGCAGCAAAGGCAUCCCCCUGAAGAACAUUAAGCACCUGGCGGGGGUCCCGCUCAUUGGCUGGGUCCUGCGUGCGGCCCUGGACUCGGGGGUCUUCCAGAGUGUGUGGGUUUCAACAGACCAUGAUGAAAUUGAGAAUGUGGCCAAACAAUUUGGUGCACAAGUUCAUCGGAGAAGUUCUGAAGUUUCAAAAGACAGCUCUACCUCAUUAGAUGCCAUCGUAGAAUUUCUUAAUUAUCACAAUGAGGUUGACAUUGUAGGAAAUAUUCAAGCUACUUCUCCAUGUUUACAUCCUGCUGACCUUCAAAAAGUUGUGGAACUGAUUCGAGAAGAAGGAUAUGAUUCUGUUUUCUCUGUUGUGAGACGCCAUCAGUUCCGAUGGAGUGAAAUUCAGAAAGGAGGUAAUGUGUAGGGUGGGAAAAUGGCCUACUACGAAAUGCGAGCCGAGCACAGUGUGGACAUAGAUGUGGACAUUGAUUGGCCUAUUGCGGAACAAAGAGUAUUACGAUAUGGCUAUUUUGGCAAAGAGAAGCUUAAGGAGAUAAAACUUUUGGUUUGCAGUAUUGAUGGAUGUCUCACCAAUGGCCACAUUUAUGUAUCAGGAGACCAAAAAGAAAUAAUAUCUUAUGAUGUAAAAGAUGCUAUUGGCAUAAGUUUAUUAAAGAAAAGUGGCAUUGAGGUGAGGCUGAUCUCAGACAGGGCCUGCUCAAAGCAGACACUCUCUUCCUUAAAACUGGAUUGCAAAAUGGAAGUCAAUGUACCAGACAAGCUGGCAGUUGUAGACGAGUGGAGAAAAGAAAUGGGCCUGUGCUGGAAAGAAGUGGCAUAUCUAGGAAAUGAAGUGUCUGAUGAGGAGUGCUUGAAGAAAGUGGGCUUAAGUGGUGUUCCUGCUGAUGCCUGUUCCACGGCCCAGAAGGCUGUGGGAUAUAUUUGCAGAUGUAAUGGUGGCCGUGGUGCCCUCCGAGAGUUUGCAGAGCACAUUUUCCUACUAAUGGAAAAGGUUAUUAAUUCCUGCCAAAAAUAGAAAUGAGUAUACUGUUGGGGAAGAAAGUAUACAGCCUUCUUCAGCCACUUUACUUGUUUUGAUUAAGUACAAUUCCAUGUUCUAAUGUUAAAAGAGAGUGGGGUUUGAUUUGUGAUAUCUCCAUAUCUUUUAAAGCAGUCUUCUCAACUUGUCACUCCAAAACCUUCUAUGAAAUAAUUGUGCUGUACUUUUGUCUUUAUGCAAGAUAGAGAUUGAUCACAGUCUUUCUCAGAUUUUUAGUAAAUGCAAGUAAGAUCAAAUUUGACUUUGUAUUGUACCCUGUGAAACUGUGUUUGUGUGCUUUUAAUAAUGCUGAUCUUUUAUUUAUUUGGGGACCGUGUAUCUGGUAAGACAUGCCCUUCUAUGAAUAAAAUUACAUUUCACAGACUUGAUAAAAA